UAUGUCAACUGUGCUGGAGCCGGUUUUAAUUGGCUGGCUGCUGCCCCAGGUUUUACAGCCAAUGACAUUGCCUUCUCUUAGCUCUCCCUCUCUCGCCAACUGCCCUUUCGGCAGCGCACAUGACGCAAAUGACUGUCUAAUUGCCCGAUGUGCAGCUGAUCUCACACGCAUCUCAAUAAAGUGGAAUGAAUGGCCGACUGCACAAUCACUGGUGCUCACGUAUACCUGUCUCUGGGCGCGCAGCCUAAUUAGCCCCGCUCAUCUACAAUGCAAGCCUUUAGGUCUGAACAGUCAAUUGCUCCGCUGCUGCAGGGAUACAGAUGAAGGGGAUGGAUGUUGUUGAGGAUGAGCUGAGCCUUUGACACCAUGAUGAACCCAUCCUCUGCCGACUCGCAGCGGCAGCCAGACAAUAGCAGCCGGAAGCAGCAGCAGCAGCAGCAGCAGCAGCGCUCGUCUUCUCCGGCCGGGCUCAAAGACAGUGGAUCUAAAGCUACACAGAAGAGCAGCAACUCGUCAAAGCCCAUCACGUCAAAGCAAGGAGGAGGUGGAGGAGGGAGAAGCAGCCGAGGUCAUUCUCCCGUCUGCACGGGCAGGGAGCGGCAGGCCGGAGGCGCUCCUGCCGUCAGAGGCGCGGCUGCUGUCCAGGCUGCUGGUGCUGAAAGCCCGACACUGAGCAGGCCCGCGGCGGCGGCAGACCGAGGCGGCACCCACACACCAGAGGACUGUCCCCGCCCCGCCGCUGAUGCCUCCUCAUCCUCCAGAGCAGAUCCCAGCCGCGUCGUUUCCGACCAGCCCUGCGCAUCCAAAUCCCCCAAACUGAGGAGCAAAAACCCGAGAGGCGGGGAGGCCGCCGCGGCGACGGGCGGCGGCAAGAAGAGCUCCAAGAGCACGGUGGGCUGCGGACCCGGGUUCUGGAAGGAGGGAUGCCUGCAAUCCGAGCUGAUACAGUUUCACUUGAAUAAGAGCUUGGGGAAGAAAGGGACGAAGAUGCAGACGAAAUCUGCAUCACCGCCGGCCUCAGAGCCGGAGCUGUCUCCCGAACCAGACUGUCCCAAGCCGGCUCCACAGCCGGACCACAGACUGCACGAACAGAUAGAGAAGCUGGAGGAUGAAAACGACGAUCUGAAGACGGAAAUCGAGGAGAUGCGGGCAGAGAUGGAUGAGAUGCGGGACACCUUCUAUGAGGAGGACGCCUGCCAGCUGCAGGACAUGCGCAGAGAGCUGGAGAGAGCCAAUAAGAACUGUCGGAUCCUUCAGUACCGCCUGAAGAAGGCCGAGAGGAAGAGGCUCCGGUUUGCAGAAAGUGGCCAGGUGGAUGGAGAGCUGCUCAGAAGUCUGGAGCAAGACCUCAAGGUGGCCAAGGAUGUGUCGGUGCGCUUGCACCAUGAGCUGGAGAGCGUGGAGGAGAAGAGGAUGAAGACAGAGGAUGAGAACGAGAAGCUGAGGCAGCAGCUGAUAGAGGUGGAGGUCACCAAGCAGGCGCUGCAGAAUGAACUGGAGAAAGCCAAAGAGCUCUCGCUGAAGAGAAAAGGAAGUAAGGAUGGGCAGAAAGCAGAGAGGAGGGCUCCACAGACCCCGAUCGAGGAAGAAAAUGACGAUCUGAAAUGCCAGCUGGCCUUCAUCAAGGAGGAAGCCAUCUUGAUGAGGAAGAAGAUGGCAAGGAUCGACAAGGAGAAGGACCGACUGGAGCAGGAGCUGCAGAAGUACCGCUCCUUCUACGGUGAUGUGGACAGCCCUCUGCCUAAAGGCGAGGCUGGAGGGCCUCCUACCACCCGCGAGUCGGAGCUGAAACUACGCCUACGCCUGGUGGAGGAGGAGGCGAACAUCUUGGGAAGGAAGAUUGUGGAACUUGAGGUGGAGAACAGGGGGCUGAAGGCUGAGCUGGAUGACAUGAGGGAGGACAGCAUGGCAGCAGCAGGAGUGGAUGGCUCUGGUACUGGAGGUCAGCAGUGCAGAGAGCAGGGUGAGGCCUUGUCAGAGCUGAGGCAGCAGCUUCAGCUGGUAGAGGACGAGGCGGAACUCCUCCGCAGGAAUUUAGCAGACGUGGAAGAGGAGAACAAAAAGGUGACAGGUGAACUCAAUAAACUGAAAUACAAGGCUGGAUCCCAUGAAGCUGGAUCAAGACAUGGAGGAGGAGGAGCUGACCCCGCUAAAGUGGAUGCCCUCCAGGAGGAGCUGAAAGCAGCACGUCUGCAGAUCAAUGAACUGAGUGGCAAAGUCAUGCAGCUCCAGUACGAGAACCGCGUUCUGCUCUCCAACAUGCAGCGCUACGACCUUGCAUCCCACCUGGGCAUCCGUGGCAGCCCUCGGGACAGUGACGCAGAGAGUGACGGAGGUCGGGAUGAUGACACCCCCUCGGCCUCGGCUUCCUCCCCUCGUCUCCUCCCGCCCCACCGCAAACGCGAGGGCCCUAUCGGAGGGGAGAGUGACUCAGAUGAGGUGAGGAACAUCCGUUGCCUCACCCCAACGCGUUCCCUUUACUCACCCGUGGAUAGUCGUUUUUUAUCCAGAAGCCUGAAGGACCGGCAACAGAUGAUAGACAUCCGCAUCGAAGCGGAGAGGCUGGGCCGGACCAUCGAUAGGCUUAUCGCUGACACCAGCACUAUCAUCGCAGAGGCCCGGGUAUACGUCACCAACGGGGAGCUGUUCGCCAGACUGGACGACGAUGAGGAAGGUGGCAGGAUUAGAGAGCAUGAGCUUCUGUAUCGUAUCAAUGCCCAGAUGAAAGCCUUCAGGAAAGAGCUGCAGAGCUUCAUAGACCGGCUGGACGUCCCCAAGCAGGAGGAUAGAGAGGCGGAGGAGCCCCUGUCUAUGUUUCAGCCCAUUAUUUUGCUGAUCCUCAUUCUUGUUCUGUUUUCCUCACUCUCUUAUGCCACCAUUUUUAAAUUGGUAUUCCUUUUCACCCUGUUCUUUGUUCUGUAAAGCACACACUCAUACUAUAUCAUUACAUAUGUUUUUUAUUAUUUCCUUUUUUUCUUGACUUAUUUGUUCAUUUUCAGUUCUGUUAUGUUGAACACGCCACAUAAGGUCACUCAAGGUACAGGACAUUAUCAUUUCCCAUGUAUGAUCCAAGCUGCCCAUCUACUCAGAUGCUAUCAACAUUAACUGGAGACCAAACAAUUUGGAGCGACAGUGGA